AUGAUCGCGGAAGUUCUUCUCGUCCUUGCAGGCCAUUCUUCCUCGCUGUUCCCCAAAGACUAUGCAUUAAACCCUGCUAUAUCUCCCCAACUUCAUCCUGGUGAACAGCAAAGCCUUGAAGCUCUAGGGCUCAUCGCGUACCGGUACCGCAAGAUCAAAACAUCGUGCACAGAGCUGUCGCGUUCGCCGUCCCGGUACAUCUGCGCGCUCUGUGCGACUCUAAGCCAUGUACUCAAGGAGGAGUACGAGUCGCUCGUUAUACAAACCGAAGCGAAGGUUCUAAAGCGUGACUCUGAACUCGUGGUGGGCGGUGCUUUCGUCCCAUUAUCGUCAGUGCGUGCUAUCUUCUCGGAAUGGGAUGCACCGCUAGCCGCACUUGCUGCACUCUUUGACGAGCUGGAAUCGGUGAAAGAGUGGAAGCCGGGUCCUUUGAUUGACCUCCUUGUGGCGCGAUCGAAGACGGGCGUACACCGUAUUGCCAACAUAAUAUCCCGAAUAUCAGUCGCUGUCCAACGCGUUUGGAGAACUCAACUCACCGCUUUUCUUGUCCACGGAUCUCUAUCUACUGCAGACCCGCUAGCUGGAAAGGACCUAUCACUUCUCAGUGGUUCAAUACCAUCCUGCGUUUCCUCACAAUCCCGCGAUUCUAUUGCUUACAUUGGUCGGGCAAUCACCACUGUCAAGGCAGUGAAAUGGCAAAAACAACCACCGAGAGAGCUCGCUACAGAGCAUACUGCGUUGCUGGAAGGUGUUCUACCUCAAGAUCAACACGCGUUUGACCUGGCCAUCUCUCAAAUACGAACGAAUGUUGGUGAAUGGUUAUGGAUGAACGUUUUGACGAAGAGAGAUGUUGAUGAAUCAGUGGAUUCCUUGGCAAACUAUUUUCUCAUUCGAAACGGCGAAUUCAGUCUAUCCCUCAUUCGCGAAAUUGAACGCCUCAAGAUAUCUCGCUUAACCUCCCGACCAGGAACUGCCUCGAUGAUUCGUGAACAAGAUCUCAACCUUGCUCUUCUUCGAGCAUCACUUGGAACCACUGCCCAACACGAUCCUUACCUGUCUCGACUCCGCUUUGUGCUGCCAGGCGGCCCCUUGCGGCCGCUCCUCCCUUCAUUAACCAACGAGGCACCUGCUCCAACAUCACCCACCAACAACCCGUUGGGCACAUCAUUGUUCGACACACUUCUUCUCGGGACAACACUGUCAUUAUCCUACAAUCUAACAUGGCCACUGGAUCUGUUCCUCGAUCGUGCAGACCUCACUGUCUACUCCAGCAUAUUCUCCUUCCUUUCUGCUCUACGGAAAACGCACACGAGAGUACACACCUGCUGGACUUCCCUGUCAAAUGCACAACGAGCUCGGCGGCGAUGGACGGGAUAUGGAGAAGGCGGUACGGCUGAAGAGCUGGACACCAGGGCAAAGAUGCUGAGAUGCGGGUGGGGCGUGGUUAGGGAUAUGAGCUGGUUCUUGGACACGGUUCUGGGAUAUGUGAUGAUGGACGUGGUUGAUGUGGAGUUCCGGAAGUUGAAGGAGGUGUUGGACAAACAUAGAACCGUGAUUCAGAACCAAGCAAGCCAGAGCACUGGGCCCCAAGCUUCGCCGUCGCAUCUGGACUUUACGACUCUUCGAACGAUUCACACCAACUACCUCGGACGUCUGGUGGAUGGCUGCCUACUCGGCAAUGGUUCGUUAACGUCCACCUUACGGCAGAUUCUGGACGUCUGCGAACGGUUCGUGGCUCUUGUGGAACGAUGGGGUGGUGAUGUCCUUCCUGCCCUGCUAUUCGAAGGGAGCCUACACAGUGAGGAGGAAGUAGGAGCGGUGGUGAAGGAACGCUGGGUGGUAGUUGCCGAAAUUGACGAGAACUUGCGGGCCUUGUUAGAAUCGUUCUACGAACAGCUGACGCAGUCUAUGUCGCAGCCCUUCUCGACCACCGUGGACGCGUCGAAGUCUGGGUUUAUUGGUGGGAUGAGUAUGAUGAACCAGACGACACAUAAUUUCUCUCGGACCGCGAGGGCCAUCGACGGAGAGGCGGAUCACAGUCGGAGACACGUCGAACGGUUGUUGUUGAAGCUGGACUUUAACGGGGAGCUGUCGAAACCGCGUAAGAGUCGAAAGGGAGGGGAAGACAUCUUGGCGGGCAUAGAUUAG